CCAAGAUCCAAUCUCAUUCUUGUCCCUGAUACACCAACCUACCCGACAUCACACCGGAAAAAUCACACGCACACUCAUACACACCACUCUGCAGCGAGCUCCACGAGAUACGGCCUGUACCUUUUGCCCCACCUGUACUCCUCUCUUGCCGUCACACAUCCUUCGGUGUGCUCGGGAUCCUGGUCGUCAUCUCAUCUCGCAUAACUUCCACUGCCCACGAUGCCCAAAGAGGGCCUCAAGCGUGGAAGGCGCAUGAAGCGCAAACAUGAAGAUGUCCUCGAAGAUGUGACCCACCCGGAUGCCAGCUCAAAACGUAUAAAGGAAGCCGAGCCCGAGUUCAUGCCUCUGAAUGGGACUGACCACGACGAAAACAUGGACGCCGCAUACCCCCCCGCCGAGGAGCGAGUCUUUUUCGGCAUGCUCGACGACGACGAGCAGGAGUACUUCAAACGUGCGGACGAAAUGUUGGAGCUGGAUCAAUUCUCGGACCCUGACGAACGGAAACUUUUCCUGGAGAGUGUCUACCGCGAAGCUGAUGGCAAGGAACUCAAGAUCGCCCACAGUCAAUCCUGUUCACGAUUGAUGGAGAGAUUGAUUCGCGUGUCCAACGCAUCUCAACUCAAGAAUCUGUUCCAAAAAUUCAGCGGAAACUUCAUUCACAUGCUCUCGCACCGCUUUGCCUCGCAUUGCUGCGAAACGCUAUUCACCUACGCGGCUCCACUCGUCAGCGAAGAGCUCACCACGAAGAAGAAGGACAUCAAACAGACUGAUGUCAAUGAUGUCUACGUUUCAUUGGAGAAUUUGUUUCUUCACACUCUGGCCGAAUUAGAAGGGAAUCUGGGCUUCCUCUUGACUGACAAAUAUGCCUCACACGCUCUCCGAGUCCUCUUGUUGGUACUGUCGGGAUCGCCCGCGACGAACGAUUCCGCCAAAAGCAUCCUUCACAGCAAGCGGAGAGAAGGUGCACCAAUUGCUGGAACCACGAAAUCGACCGAACAAGCUACCGACAACAAGCGGCCUGUGCCGAAAGCAUUCUCGACAGCGUUGGAGAAGCUCAUUCACGACAGUGUUGCUGGCCUUGACACGGACAAGCUCCGAGCUUUGGCUACCCACCCAUCCGCGAAUCCGACUCUUCAACUCCUCCUCACCCUAGAACUCACACACUACGGCAAGCAGCGAGCGAAGGACAGCAAAUCGAUCAUCCGAACCCUCCUACCCGACGAUCCUUUCACAUCCGACUGCGAGAGUGCCGGGUUCAUCAGUGGUCUGGUGUAUGAUCCAGUGGGAGCACAUUUGGUGGAGAGGAUUAUUGAAAACGCACCGGCGAAACUAUUCAAGAGCUUGUAUAACCAAUUCUUCAAGGAGAGAUUAGCCUCUCAUGCGAAGAAUGAGACUGCGACAUAUGUGGUUUGCCGCAUCCUGGGACGACUCGGAUACGAUGACCUACUGGAAGCUCACGAGAUUUUGCUUCCAAUCAUACCCACUCUGCUGGAGAGGCAAUGGACAAGUUUGACCAAGACGUUGAUCGAGAGAUGCACAGUUCGGGACAUCGACACACAAGCAAUCGCAGCAGUCUUCGAACAGACUUUCCAAAAGGACGAUCAAUUCGACGUGGAACAGCUCCUCAAAUUGGAAGUGCAGAAACCGGACACAGUGCGCGACAUCAACAAAGUCAAUGCACAUGCCAACGGAGACGACGCCUUUUUCGCGCGGCCAUCAGGACCCAACAAAGUCCACUUCAACAUCCUCGCUCAGUCCAUGCUCAUCGUACCAGGCUCCCUCUCAGCUCUCAUUCUCGACUCGAUGACCACACUCGAAGCCGCGACCCUCCUCAGCAUGGCUUCCGACCAUGUAGUCACCCGCACACUGCAACAAGCCUUCACCACGAAGAACGCCUCGAUGAUCCAACGCCGCAAACUCAUUCAGCGCUUCUACGGAAACUUCGGCGAGAUGGCUUUGGAUAAGUCCGCCUCUCACGUGGUGGAUUGCAUCUGGGAAGGCACUCACGGUCUAGCGUUCAUCAGAGAACGCAUCGCAGAAGAGCUAGCUGAAAACGAGGCGAUGUUGAGAGAUAGCCCGUGUGGCAGAGCAGUAUGGAAGAACUGGAAAAUGGACAUGUACAAACGGAAACGACCGGACUGGGUCAGGCAGAGCAGAUUGAAGGCGAGCAACGAGGGGUUCCAGGCAUUCUCGGAGAUCGAUGCAAAGGAAAGCAAGACGCCGCUGCAGAUAGCGAGGGAGAGACAUGCGCAGGCGAAGGCGAAGCGGGAGAAAGAGGAAGCUGGCAGAGGGAGGACGAUGGCGAGGAAUGGGGAAGGCAAGAAGGAGGUCAAGUCGAAAGCUACUGGGGCGAACCGGACGAGGCCGCUCCUCUCAGCCGUCCAAGCCCUCAUAAAACCCUUCAUCCAAUCCGCCGACACCGACACUCCCCAAAAAGUACACGGCAUCGAUCCCCGACCCAAUGGCUCCAAACCCCCUCUCUCCAACUCCCUACCUCCUCAAGACCUCAAACAACUUCUCCCCUCAAGCUUGCCACAAGACGGCGUUGGCAAAGACGACUUCCUAUCCAUAGUCCAGACGAUCCUAACUAACAGCACCAACACCUGGGACACCGGCUUCCUCGACAAACUCUACUCCACGCCCACUCCCAUCGGCCUGGCAUCCGACCUCCUCCUCUCAACCCUCAACACAAAUCUCCACGUCUACCAAGUCAGUCCAGCACUCACUCUCAUCGAAAAACUCACGUGUCGGAGUCUCGCCACGCUCUUCGGUUUCAUAGGGCCAUAUGCCGGAGGUGUAUCGCAACCCGGUGGUUCUGCCGCGAAUGCAACUUCAAUGGUGACCGCGAGGAAUAUCCUCUUUCCGGAGACGAAAAUGGAAGGGAAUGGCGGAAGGAAAUUCGUGUUAUUCACGAGUGAGCACGGGCAUUACAGCGUCGAGAAGGCGGCGCAGAUGUUCGGCUUCGGGUCCAGGGCUGUCAAGUCUGUCGCUGUAGACUCGUCCGGAAGGAUGGAUCCCAAGGCCCUCAGCUCAGCGAUCGCGACCUCACGACAGGCGGGCGAGACACCCUUUUACGUCAACGCUACAGCAGGAACGACCGUCCUCGGCUCCUUCGACCCGCUGGUCGCCAUCGCGGACGUCUGCCAGAAAGAAGGACUAUGGCUGCACGUGGACGGCUCCUGGGGCGGAUCGGUCAUCUUCAGUGAAGCGCAACGGCAUAAACUCCAGGGUUCCUCACGCGCAGACUCGAUUUGCAUCUGCGCGCACAAAAUGCUGCAAGUCCCACUAACCUGCUCCUUCCUCCUCGUCUCCGACAUGAGGCGCCUACACCAGGGUAUGACGCUCCCCGCCGGCUACUUAUUCCACUCUGCCGAUCCACCUGAAGAGAUGACCAAUGGCCACCACCACGCUGAGAAGGAAGAACGGGAAUGGGACGGCAUCCCCGGCUCACUGGAUCAAUUCUACGACCUCGCCGAUUUAACACCCCAAUGCGGCCGCCGGGGCGACAGUCUCAAACUCGCCCUUACCUGGCUGUAUCACGGCUCCUCCGGCUUCAGCGCUGCGAUCGACCACGCUUUCUCCAUCGCUACUCACCUCACCUCUCUCAUCGCUUCUAAUCCCAAGUUCACCCUCGUCUCCUCGGAUCCACCGGCAUGUUUGCAAGUCUGCUUUUACUACGCGAAGACGUCGGAUGCUGGGAGGAACAGUGCCGUCACAGAGGGGAUUACGAAAGUACUGAGGGAGGAAGGGGGUUUCAUGACGGAUUUCGCGCCGGGGGAGCAUGGGAAGUUUUUCAGGGUUGUGGUUAAUGGAGGGACGGAUAGGGGGACUGUGGAGGGGUUGGUCAAGGGGAUUGAGAGGGCGGGGGAGAGGAUGGGGUUGUGA